AUGGUCAAGUUUACCUUCAGCGUGCCCCUCGGGGCCUUGUUCAAAUACAGGCCAGCCAAGUUCAACGCCCUGCUCGAAAAGGAAAUCAGAGCCAAGUUGGACUCGUUACCUUCGGUGUCUAAAAUCUACACCAAUCCAGAUGGCUCGCCCAGAGUUCCCUCCGACAACGAGUUCAGAACGAUCGCCGAGUUGCAGAACAUGUACUACCAAAGAAACAUGUCGUUGUGGAACUUCAUUUUGCCCGGCAUUCCCAGAGAACAGGCCGAGUUGUUCAGAGACAACAGCCAAGACUUACAGAACUUCCAGUUCGUCAGCAAGGACGCCGGUAAGAUCAUCGACAAGAUUCCUUACAAGGACGAGGCUACAGGAGAGCUAAAAUGGCGCAUUGUCCGCGAGACCGAGAAGGCCGAGGGCUGGGAGAUCCCCUACUUCUACAUUGUGUUGCCUGCGUUCGUUUACCUUGCCUAUGCCAAAUACACCUCGCACAAGAGAAAGCAGGAGCUUGAAGGUCCAGCCUGGGCCGAGAAGGAGUUGCGUUUGAGAGCCAUGGAGGAGUACUUCCACGGCGACACAGAGAAGGCCAAGAAGUUCUUGUCCGACGAGGGCAAGUCCGAGAGAGAGAUCAAGGACAGAGACGAUUUGGUGGUCGCUCGUAUUUUGGCCGGUGACUACGACCGUUUGGGUCAAUUGAAGAAGAAGCAGCCUGUUGUGGCACUUCCUGAGGCCACUCCUCAUGAGAACAUCCACGUUUAG